AUGUUAUUCUUAAUAAUAUUAAUAUUUUUUCCAUACAGUGAACUGGUAAAUAUAAUAACGUAUACAAAAUGCAUUAAGUAAAACAAAAACAUCUUAUAUAAAAAAAAUUUUGUGUAAUGUACCUAUAGAAAAGUCUUAAAAAGUAUGAAAUAUCAGAAGAAAUUAUAGAAGAACCAGUUAAAGAAGAUAUUAGGUGGAUGUUGUUACCGAACGGACGAGGUGACCCACAAGUGGCCAUUCUAUCAGGUCUGGAAAGAAGUGACAUUGUAGACCGAGCAGACCCAUUGAUAGAUAAUAUAAAAUUUUAUUUAUAUACCAGGUAUCAAUUUUAUUUAUUGUAUGAUUAUGAAACAUCGGUUUUACUAGUUUAUAACAGUAAUGCAAUUAUUUUGACUAAUUAAGUAAUAGUAGAUAUUUAGGUGAAUACUUUUAUAUUUUCUUUUAAAUAGGGCGUACGCAAGGGGGGAGGUUACAUCUAAGUAUCUAACCCCAAAACAAUAUCUUACUAUCUACUAUAAUCUUACCGCGAAACAAGAUACAAUUUGAUAAUAUAUGUAGGUACACAUAUUAUAUGCAAUGGUAUUUACGAUUCAUUCAGAACUAGGAAUUUAUUGGUUUUACUAUGAUAUCCAUGUGCUUUUUUUUUCUGUAUGUAAACAAAUUUUGAAAAGAAACCUUGCUUCGAUGUAUCAUUUAUAGAGUGUAGAUAAUUUUCUCUAGUUGGAGCAUUAAACAGAUAAUUUUUUGGCUAUCCAAAGAGUUUCCAAUAUAGUUGGGAAAAAUCCGAAAGAAAAUUAUAGGUAAAAUAGCAAAUAUUUACGUCCCACCUCGGCGUUAUAGUUUUCGUUGUUUUUAAUUUUUUCAACUUAUGUUUUCUACCAGAAAUAUUGCUUCUUUCAAAAAAUGCCAAGAGAUUGUAAUUUUGUUAUUUUUGAUAUAAAGCCAGAGACUAAGAAAUUCAUUUUUUGUCGACUAUUCACAGUAUUUUUCAUAAUAAUAAUAACGAUUUUUUUAAAAUUACAACGCCAGCAUUCCUUUAUUUUAAAUGUAUACGGUUUAUAUUUUCUACCAAAAAUAUUGCUCCAAUAGAAAAAAAUCAAGAGACGUUUUUGUUGAAUUUUUAAUCUAAUUGGUGACCAAGAAAAUUGUUUUUUUUUUUUUUUUUUUUAAUGAUUAAGCAAAACUGAAAAAUACGUAGAAAGAACGGGAAUAUUUAUGAAAAUAGUUAUAUUACUUUUUUAAACUUUGUUUUUUCUUUUAAUAUAAUACAGUUAAAAAUAUUCCUAGAAACUUGAAAUUUUCAAAACUUUUGAGCCAUUUUUGAGCUAUUUAUAGACAUUUAAAUUUUGCAAGAUGUUUACGUAAUUUUUAUUUGGUAGGUACUCCGUAGAUAAAAUUGUUAGGCUACACAGAAGUCAGAAGUGCUUAGAAAUGUAUAGGUAGCUUAUUAUAAGUUAUACUUAAUGGUAGAGAGAAAAAAUUGAGUAUUGUAAUAUUUUUAAUAUUUUUUAUAAGAGGUUUAAAAUUAAAUUUAGACGAACAUCGUAAAUAUUAAAACAUGUAUAGCCAAACUUCACUCCGAAACGUUUAUCGUUGGACAUUGGUUACAGCUAUAUUUUAAAUAACUUUAUGUGUCUCACUUUCCCAAAUACAACAGUAGCUGCAUCCGUCCCCAAAGAAAACCAAAGAUAAACAAUUGCUUACUAAAAACGAUUCUGAGCGGAGUUCAGUUGAUACUUUGUAAAAAAUAUAUAUGUCAUAGUUUAGUAAAAUAAUUAAAUAGGUAUUAUAUAUUUUCUUUAAUAAUAUUUGUUUAAUAUUAUACUAUUUUUCUAUGUUUUCCCGAUUUUCCCAUGUUUUUCCCCGGUUUUACACAAUUUGUUGAGAAAACUCUUAGGUAACCCCAGUUAGAUUUCCUUUCAGAAAAAAUUAUCUACAUUAACAUCGUAUACAUCGGAGUAAAUUUUCUGAUAAAAAAAGUGUUCACAUUAAAAAAAAAACAUCUUUGUAAAACCAAUACAUUCUUGGCUAUACACUCAGAAUCUAAAAUUAAAUUAAAAAUAACGGAAACCGGUGUUUCGUAAAUUGUUCAGUUUUCCUCCGUUUUUCUCUGGUUUUCCCAAUUAUUAGAAAACUAUAUAGAAAAUCAAAUUUUAUUUUGAAUAUCGUUUUUCGAUUUAAAAGAUUUAUUGAUGUCUCAGUAUAAACAUUUAUUAACCUUGUAUUCUGUGACUUUAAACUUCCCACCUACUACAAGGCCUGUACUCAUGGUUCAGGUAAGUCUGGCUUUUUAAAAUACCUAUUUAUUUAAUUUGUUUAUUAUUUAUAUAUUCUUUAAUUCCACUUUCGCUUUCAGUAUACCUGUAUUUAACUAUUAGUUUAACUAAUAAGUAGUAUUUUGAUAAUUGUUAUAAUGUAUCUCAGAGAAAACCCAACAAGAGCUGAAAUGCAAACUAUGGAUAAAAACUGUUUGCCUGUAUUUAAAUAUUUUCGUCCCCAAAGAAAAUCUAAAAUAUUAGUUCAUGGAUUUGGUGAUAGUGCAGAAGAUUCUCUGAUGUUUCCAUUAUUAAGAGAUGGUAUGUAUGUUACUUAUUCAAGGUAGUGGAGUUCAGCUUUUUUUGAAAUUGAAUAUGUACAAUGUACAUAUGAAUGUGCAUUGUACAUACAUAGUAUGUCUGAAAAGUUUCCAUACAAAAAAAAUUUACAAACAAAUUUACAGAUAAAUUAAUUUAUUCACAUCGACUUUCUAUGGUAAGUUUUUAUCUAGUUAUAUACUAGUUGCAGCGUCGGUAAAGCUGUUCAAAUGCUCUGGAGAACUUGUUUUAUGGAAUUGCCUUUAACUGAUCUGUACAAGCUCUUUAGAUCGCCAGAAUGUAGUAAUUUGCUCAAAUUGAGUUUUGGAAAUCAAAAAUAAUUUACAAGAACCAAAUUGGAUCAAUGAAAUCUCUGCUUCAAAAAAAUAUAUCGGUUUUUGUUAAUCGGUCAAAAAAUGUGGAACAGAACGAGAACAAGUCUUUCGAUGGUUUAUUUUUUCUGUUCAAAUUUUACGUGCUGUGUCUUAACUGAUAUUAAGCUUUUCUGCUAUGAUCUGCUAAAGGUAAGAUGCGGUUGUUCAAGCAGCAGCAUAUGCACUAACAAAACAUUUGCAUCGUGAACAAUUGCUAAUGGCCUUCCACUUUGUUCAUCGUCACCCAAAGACUCUCGACCAUUUUUAAAUUGCUCCCACCAUUUAUAAUUUAUAGUACGAUAUGUAACUUCAUUGUCGAAUGCUUGCUGUCUCAUAGAAUAAGUUUCUGUAAACGAUCUUUGAAGUCAAACUCAACAUUUUGUUGCGUUUGUUUGUUCCAUGUUGCAAGCUUGUACAAGGUACCUCGAACACAUCGUACAAAACCAAUCAUAACUCGAGAAGUCAAGACUAAAGAAACCAAAUGUGCUAAUAUUUUGUACACAUACUCAUAAGAUUUAGAAUUAUGUGAUGCAUUAGUUGUAUGAGAGAUAACAUUAUUUAUGUUCCAUAAAUAAAUUUUAGUUCAGAAACUUUUCAGACAUACUGUGUAUAUGUGUACCUAUAGGUACUGUAAUUAGCUGAUGUGCUUAGGUUGUUAUUUGACAAAAUUAAAGUCAAAUAAAAUGUAAAGAAAUUAUUAAACUCUUUCCUCAAACAAAUUUUAGCUUUUAGCUGUACCCCUUCAAUACAGACAUAAAUAAAAUAUAAAAUAAACAAAAAUAAAAUCAACUAUAUUAUUUAUGUAUUCAUUUUAGAUCAAUGUUAUUUAAUAACAAAAAAAUUAUUAGCUUAUAACAUUUAUUAUUAAAGUUCCAGUUUAUAACUCUUGUGAGGUUUUUCUUUACUAUAUUUAACCUAUAUUUUUUAUCCAAUCUAUAUAUUUAUAGAAAGAUUAAGUUGGCUUAAGAAGAUUUUUUUUCAUAAGUUUAUAAUUUCUAAAUUGACUAAAAUUUAAAUUAAGUAUUCAAAUGUCUAAUAUAAAUAUAAAAAUAAACUAUGGAAUAAGUAUAUUGUAUAUAUGAUAUAAUAACAUAAGUAACUAAUAAAGUAAUAGGAACCUAAAAAGAUAAAAGCUGGGACUAAAACUGUUAACAAUUUUAGUUUUUGAAAAUGAUCGGUUUUGCCUGUUAUAGUUUAGUAUUUAGUUUUAAAGUUUUAAAAAAAUGGUUAUUCAGUAAACGAUUUUAGUACUUUGUGAAUGAACUUCAUCUUCUAUACAAUAUUAAUCCAUUGAUAUAUAUAUUCUUUAUUUUUUAUUUUUAUAUGACCUAAAAUGAAAUUGUUAAUUUCAAACGCAAAUAUUUUCCUAGGUAGUGGGGUGGAAUGAUAACUCUUUUAUACUCUCUUAUAAUCAGUAGUUUGGUUUCUGUAUAAGUUCAUUAACGUUACAGAAUAAACUUCGAUAGUUAGUUCAUCUAUAGUUUGUGUAAUCUUUCGAACUGAAUGUAAUUUUAAAAAAAAAACUAUGUUGUUCAUGAUAAUAAAUAAAUCGAAAAAAAAAUAUUUAAUUCUAGUAUUUUAAGUACAAAAUUUACGUAUGAACCCUGAAGAAGGGAUUGAAUUCCAGGAUAAAAAGUAGCCUAUGCAUAUAGGCCUACAUUUGACCCUGAAGUUUUUUUAAAUAUUGGUGAAAACUACAUAGAAAUCAGUUCAAGAUUAUCAAUAUUGUUGCUAAUAAAUAAACGUUUAUGUUCAAUAGAUAUAAUCGUAAGAUUAUGUCGAUUUAUAAUUUUAUUUCUUAAACCACAGUUAUAAGUGAUUUGUCAUCUUUGACUUUAAUUUAUUUUUAGCGUUUUUAAAUUACAAUGAUUAUAAUAUAUUCACUGUUGAUUGGUCCGAACUGGCUGCUGCUCCUUGGUACAAUACUGCUUCGAAAAAUACUAAACACGUAUCAAAACAUUUAGCGUCCUUCAUAGACCAUUUAACAUCAUCUACUGAUACACGAACAGAAGAUUUUCAUUUGAUCGGUUUUUCAUUAGGAGCACAUAUUGUUGGCCUCACAAAUAACAAUUUAAAAUCUGGAAAAGUUAAACAUAUAACAGGUAAAAUAUUAUAAUAUAAUGUCAAAAUAAAAGUUAUACAAUAUCAAGAACAUUUUACGAUUUUUAAAUUAAAUAUUUUUCAGGACUAGAUCCGGCAGAAGUGUUAUUUUAUUCGUCUGGUCCCGAAGAUCGUCUUGAUUACAGUCAGGCUAAAUUAGUUGAAGUUGUACAUACGUCUGGUGGAUUUCUUGGAUUUAAAAAACGUAUUGGGCACAGAGAUUUUUAUCCUAAUGGCGGUGCAUGGCCUCAACCUGGAUGUAAAAUUGAUUAUGCGUGUAAUAAAAACGAAAAAUUUAUAAGAAUUAUUGAUAAGUAUUUGUUAUACAAUAAUAAUUAAAUACAUUUGUUUUUUAUAUAGCGGUAUGUAGUCAUCGCAGAGCGUAUUAUUAUUAUGCAGAAGCAAUAAACAGAAGCGAAGGAUUUGUCGCUAUGCCGUGUUCUUCUUAUGAUGAAUAUAAAUCAGGAGCUUGUUCAAAUAACACAAAUCUUGCAGUGCAAUUAGGAAAAGCACCAUAUGAUAAAUCGUAUGUAUAAAUAGGGAAAAGAAAAAUUUAAGUCAUAAUAAUCAGUAAUUUUAAUUUACAGAAAAGAAGGAAGUUACUAUUUAAAUACAAACUCGGAUGCUCCAUACGGUAAAACAAAUAGACAUGGACCAUAG